AUGCUUUCCGGUCGCCUUCUCUCGGGCGGACGCACCCCGCUACACGACUUCCAUCGAGCGUGGUCUGUUUCGAAACUUUCCUGUCGACAGUUCGGUGUCGACAGUUCGGCAGUGCUUGACACUUCCCAACGGUGCCGGCUGGGUAUUUCUGCAGUCUUGACGCUGUCGGCACGUCGCCCGUGUUCGAGCAUGGGGGCACGAAAGCGCCCCGCCAGUGAGGGCUCUUGGAUAUGUAGCCGGAGGGACUGUAAGCAAACCAUUUCUGAGGAAGACGCACGCGUGGAAGUAGCCAUUUCGUUGAAAGGAGAAGUUCCACGUUCAGACAGCAUGAUCAAGUGGCAGGAUGGAACUCCCAUGGCUUUCCACAAAUCCUGCUGGGAAUCUUUGCUUCAAGAACGCGCAUCCUUUCCUCGGAAUGAACUGCAAAGACUGAAGCUGGCGGCCGCGACUGCCGAACACUUUGACUCCGCUGACGAUUUGAAGCAAAAAGCAUCGCAAGCAGCAAGGUUACUGCGCCAAAGCUCGCGAGCCAUUUGCUUCACUGGCGCAGGGCUCUCUACCGCUGCUGGGUUGGGUGACUACCGUGGCAAGCGAGGAAAGUGGACCCUCGAGGGUCAAGGCGUAGAUGAGGCCUACACCACCGUCUACGAAGAGUUGAGGCCCACUUUCGGCCACGAGGCUGUGGCCAAACUAGUUGAACUGGGGAAGAUUCGAUAUGUUGUAAGCCAGAACGCUGACGGCUUGCAUCACUUGAGCGGCAUUCCGUACACAAAGCUCUCGGAUGUCCAUGGUUCAGCCUUCACUGAGUACUGUCCAAAUUGUGGAAAGCGCUAUGUGCGGGACACCUAUGCUCCUGAAGAUCGGGCUGAAGAUUUCUUUGCUGGAAGGUUGCCGGGCCCCAUGCCUUCCCAUAUCAAGCGUUGCCGGGGAUGCGGUAGCAACCAUUGGACAGGCCGCAGCUGUGAUGAUUGUGGUCAGCCACUUCAUGAUACCGUCAUCAGCUUUGGGGAUGGUUUGGAAGAAUGCGUUUUGCGACCUGCCUUUGAGCAUGCAGUUGAAGCUGAUGCCUGCCUCAGUUUGGGAAGCACCAUGAGCAUCGGGCCCUCCAACCAGGUGGUUCUUGUCCAGAAGGGGCCUCUGAUAGUUUGCGUGCGACAGGACACUGAAAUGGACCAGCGCUGCGCUUCAACUGGAGGAGUUCGAGCAUAUGGAGAUUGUGAUGAGUUUAUGCGCCAUCUCAUGGUAGACAUGCUUGGCGAAGGCUUUGCUGAAUGGGAGGCUUCCCUUGCCGAGAACAAGAAGACCUACGACGCACAGCGGCCUGCUGCAGGGAAAAAACGUGGUGACAUCUUUGUGAAGAAGAUGUGA